CGCCUAUAAAGACCAUGCGCCCCGGAUUCCGCCUCCCGUCUUUUUCGCCCCAAUGUCCCCUCCUCCGCCUCCAUCCCUUCCUUCCACCAAUCACAUCCUUGCCCGUGACCGCGAUAAUGCCCAGCCAUCCUCUCGCAGCCAGAUAGCUGCCCUUCUCACAGACAGCUACAAGGAAAUCGAGGCCUUGCGCCACUCUCUUACUGAAGAAAAACGACGCGCAGACCAUUGGAAAAGUCUCGCGGAGGCCUUCGACGCUGCUUCGUCCAAUGGCUCCUCUCAGGAUCUACACGACAAGAUACGGGGCCUCGAGCAACGUGCAUAUAGCGCAGAAUGUCUCAGAGACGAAGAGAUGGCACGACGGGUGGCGAUUACCGAUCUUUGGUGCCAGCUACGGGACUAUCUCUCUGUCCUCGACGCCCAUAGCAAGGACGCGCGACUCGCCCUCGACAGAAGCGUCGAUAUCGUCGGCAAGGGCGUCGGUGCCGGCGCUCUCAUUCGUGAACUUCCUGUCAUCCCUGUGCCUUCCAUCACCGAUAUCGCUGGCGGUGAAGAUAAGGUCUACUCGAGCCAGGGCAUGCUUCCGCCUGUAGGCACACAUCUUCUUCGCAAGGGCCAGCAGUCAUCAGCUGGCGGGCGGGUCCGGCCGAGGUCGGACAGCAUGGAGAUGGGCGGGCAUGCUGCUAAGAAGAGCCGGCAUGAAUCUCGUCCUCAUCGGUCACAUUCUCGCUCAUCAUCGCACUCAUCCAUCGAUGAGAUGAUCCUGCAGGCUGCUGAUCGCGACGAAGGUGCCAUGUACACUCACCCUCCGCCUCGUCGCAAUGGCGCUGGCACCGGAAAGCUCGUUCCCGAUGGUGUUCUCCCGCAGCAGCAAUAUCAGACGCACGUCUUUGCUCCAGUCGUCACUGGCGCACCUACUAAGAAGGGCAAGUACAAUCCCGGCAGUCAGGUCCUUGAAACUCAACAACCAUCUCUCACCCAUCCCCCGCAUCUUUCUUCUCAUCCAGCCUCUCUCUCAGCGCAUCCUUCUAUCAAUGUAGGCAUCGAACAGAAGAUCUAUCCCCCAACCAAUGAGCAAGGUCAGAGAAUAUGUCGCAGCUGCGGUCAGCCAGGCCGCUACAAAGAAGACAAAUGUGUUGAGAAAUGGGGUCCAGGGCCAAUGGGUCCAGGUACCGUAUGUGACCGGUAUGUCUUUCCAACCAACUGCUUAUCUUCAUUUGACUAAUUACGAUCUCUAGAUGUCGCAAAAAAAUGAAACGUUUCGAACGGCGGGGCACGCUGGGAGCUUCCCAAA